UGCAGCAACAAGAUGCCGGAAAGUACUGGUGUGAAGUUGAAUAUCACGGCACAAUCAUUUCCUCCGAGCCUGCUUGGAUUACAGUAGAAGGUGUGCCUCAUUUUGGGGUGGAACCUGAGGAUUUGGCUGCAUUUGCAGGGGAGCCGUUCAAUCUGACGUGUGCUGCUUCGGGCCCUCCAGAGCCUGUGGAGGUGCUGUGGUGGCUGGGGGGCGAACAGAAGGGCGAUUUCACAGCCUCCCCAUCAGUUCUCUUUGUUAAAGGUGUGAGUGAGAGUAUAAAGUUUCAUUGUGAGGCCAAGAACGCUCGAGGCAUCUCCUUGUCUCGCACAGGCACCGUGCACAUAAAAGUCCGGCCUGAUUCCCCUCGAGACGUCCAGGUUCAUCAUGUGUCCGAUUUUAACAUAACUUUAACAUGGAGUCCAGGUUUCACUGGGCAUUCGCAGCUUUCCACCUGCACAAUACAGCUGUCAAGGGGACCUGGAAAGAAGGUCAAGCUUCCUGAUGUGGUUGUGGAAGUUCCUCCAUUCCAGCAUGUGCUUGAAGGGCUCCGCAGCUACUCGAAUUACAGUGUGAGAGUUCGGUGUGAUAAUGAGGUGGGCUCUUCCCCCUUCUCUCCCUGGGUGGACUUUCACACUCCACAGGCAGCACCGUCAGCAGCUCCAAAGAACUUUACCUUUGACCUCAGCGAGCAGCAGCUCACUCUGUCCUGGGCGACGCUGGAACAGGAGGAGCUUCGAGGAAGAUUACUGGCCUAUAAACUGCAGUGGAACCAAGGAGGAGAGAGUCAGGAUCCCUUACUGUUUAAGGGGAAUGUUGCUAAUCUUUCGGGUGCAGGGCGCUUCUUUAACGCCACCUUCCAGGUUGCAGCGUGCACAAUGGCAGGAUGUGGCCCGUGGAGUCAGCCUGUUCUUGUCAUGCCUGUGUCAGCCAUGCAGGCUCAGACACAGAGGGGCCACAUGUGGGUGGGCCUGCUUUUCGGGCUUCUUGUGGCCACCAUGGUGGGACUCUUGUUGAUUGUACUGAUACGAAACCGAGGCAAAGAGACACAGUUUGGGUCUGCUUUCGCAGCUCAAGGAACGGAAGUACCAGUUUCCUUCACAGCUGCAAGGUCCUUCAACAGGCAGUUCCCCGAGCUCCCGGAAUCCACAUUGGACAGUCUGGGAAUCAGCAGUGAUUUGAAGGCCAAGUUACAGGAUGUUCUCAUCUCCGAAAGGCUCUUAACUCUGGGACGCAUGCUUGGAAAAGGGGAGUUUGGCUCUGUGAGAGAAGCUUUUCUCAAAUCAGAAAAUAACUCUGGGCAGAAGGUUGCUGUGAAAGUCUUAAAAACGGAUAUUAAUUCAUCCAGUGACAUUGAGCAAUGUCUUAAAGAAGCUGCCUAUAUGAAAGACUUCCACCAUCCCAAUGUCAUUCAGCUUAUUGGUGUGAGUCUGCACAGAAGAGCCCAGCAGCGUCUGCCUGUUCCUAUGGUCAUCCUGCCUUUCAUGAAACACGGAGAUCUCCACACGUUUCUUCUCAUGUCCCGCCUCGGAGAUGAACCUUUCACUGUUUCUCAGCAAAUUCUCAUCCAGUUCAUGCUGGAUAUCGCUCGAGGGAUGGAGUAUCUUAGCAACAAAAACAUCAUCCAUCGGGAUUUGGCUGCUCGCAACUGCAUGUUGAAUGAAAACAUGAGCGUGUGUGUAGCAGAUUUUGGUCUCUCGAAGAAAAUCUAUAGUGGUGACUACUAUAGGCAAGGCUCUGUCUCUAAAUUGCCUGUGAAGUGGAUCGCUUUGGAAAGCCUGGCUGAUAAUGUCUACACAACACAGAGCGAUGUGUGGGCGUUUGGUGUGACUAUGUGGGAGAUCAUGACUAGAGGUCAAACACCUUACCCAGGAGUGGAGAACUCAGAGAUCUACGAGUAUCUUAUUAAGGGAGAAAGACUAAAGCAGCCACCGGACUGCCCUGCUGACAUUUACGAGAUCAUGCACAGCUGUUGGUCUCCAGUCCCUAAAUGCCGCCCCAGUUUCCAGCACCUCAUUGACCAAUUGGAGCUUCGGUGGGCAAAGUUGAAUCCUGCUCCUGUAAAAGAGCCAUUGCUGUACGUCAACCUGGAGGAGGAAGAUGGAGAACAGGCUAAUAGCGGGAGCCGGAGCAGUGAGGAGCCAUCAUGGGGCGUCCCGUGGCAGUGUGCAGGUAUUGAGGAAGACGAAAAAGAUUGGUUAAUGGUGUCAUCGGGAGCUGCUCUUGCUAUUGGUGGAGAUUACCGGUACAUCAUUGGCCCGUCUGUUAGCGCCAUUGAUGAAGAGAGCAGACAUUCUGACGACGGACUAUCGGAGGAUAUCAGGGAAGAAGAAGAGGAUGUUAUUAUUAAUGUGUGAUUUAUACAGUUGAAGUCAGAAUGAUUAGCCCCCCUGAAUUAUUAGCUCAUCUGUAUUUUUUUUCCAUAAUUUCUGUUUAAUUGAGAGAUUUUUAAAAAACAUUUCUAAACAUAAUAGUUUUAAUAACUCAUUUCUAAUAACUGAUUUCUUUUAUCUUUGCCAUGAUGACAGUAAAUAAUAUUUGACUAUAUUUUUCAAGAUACUAGUAUUCAGCUUAAAGUGACAUUUAAAGGCUUAACUAGGUUAAUUACACCCAGGCUCAUUUCGAUUACGUACCCCUUUAUACAUUUCUGGAGAGAGCAAAAUAUGUCCCAGGAGCUACGUUUUUUGCAGUUUUUGUUUUCAUGAAUCCACCAGAGGUCGCUGUGUACGCUUUUUCAGAUCUCAAAUUUCUCUCGCGAGUGCCAUUCGUGCCUGCUGUUCUUGCGUAAAUCCACUAGAGGCCGCUGUCGACUGACUAACUGAUUGACUGACCAACUGACCGAUCCCCCCACCCUAAACCCAACCAAUAGUGUUUUAAAAAGCACUGGUUGACCAGCGUCCAACCCCUAUCCCUAAACCCAACUGCAGUGUUUUUAAAAGUAAUCCAGAAAAAGAAAAGCCCUCACGGCCCCCUGAUUUUUACCACGUUUUUAGAUUUCACCACAUUCUCGCCCUGUUAUUGACUUCUUUAUUUUAUUUUUUGGCUUUUAUCUUGCCUGCUUUCUGGAACUGUUCUUCACCAGACUUGAACCCUGUUGUCGCGGUCAUCUCCCUUUCUGUGUGUCAAGUCCACUGAUGGUACCGGACAAACUGGUAACAGUGAAAAAGCUGUCCACAUGGAGAUAAUCGGUCAGCUGGUAAGCGAGAAAAGGAACGGCGUCAUAUCUCCCCAUAGCAUUGGUUUUAAAGACAAAAUGCAUCCAUAUGUACUUCUGGCUUCAUAAUCUCCAAAAAUGUAAACAGGGCUACGUUUUCAGAAGGAGCUAAUGUUGGUUAAUUAGGUUAAGGUAAUUAGGUUCAUUGAUUAAUUCAGUUCAUCUUUAUUUCUAUUGUGCUUUUACGAUGUAAAUUGUGUCCAAGCAGCUUAACAUAGAAUUUCUAGUAAAUUGAAACUGUGUCAGUCCAGUUUUCAGACUGGAAGUUCAGUUUAGUUCAGUUCAGUGUGGUUUAAUUUUCACUGAUGAAAAGUCCAAACACUAGCUAUGUUUCCAUCCAACUAUUUUCAUGAGCAUUUUGGAUAUGCGCAUAAUAAAUGGUUAAUAGAAACAGCAA